GGACACGUGACCAUCAGAAAGGAUGAAGAACCCAUUUGCACAUCUGGCUGAGCCCUUGGAUCCUGCACACCCAGGAAAGAAGUUCUUUAAUAUAAAAAAACUGGAGGAUUCAAGAUACGGACACUUGCCGUUCUCUAUCAGAGUUCUCCUGGAGGCAGCCAUUCGGAACUGUGACGAGUUUUUGGUGAAGAAAAAUGACAUUGAAAAUAUCCUAAACUGGAAUGUCAUGCAGCAUAAGAACAUAGAAGUGCCAUUUAAACCUGCCCGUGUCAUUCUGCAAGACUUUACGGGUGUGCCGGCUGUGGUGGACUUCGCUGCCAUGCGUGAUGCGGUGAAGAGGUUAGGAGGCGACCCCGAGAAGAUAAACCCCAUCUGUCCCGCUGACCUUGUAAUUGAUCAUUCCAUCCAGGUCGAUUUCAGCAGAAGGGUAGACAGCUUACAGAAGAAUCAAGACCUGGAAUUUGAAAGAAACCGAGAACGAUUCGAGUUUUUGAAGUGGGGCUCCCAGGCUUUUCGCAACAUGCGGAUCAUCCCCCCAGGCUCAGGAAUCAUCCACCAGGUGAACCUGGAGUAUUUGGCGAGAGUGGUGUUUGAUCAGGAUGGGUAUUACUACCCAGACAGCCUCGUGGGCACGGACUCGCACACCACCAUGAUCGACGGUUUGGGCGUUCUUGGUUGGGGCGUGGGCGGAAUUGAAGCCGAAGCUGUGAUGCUGGGUCAGCCAAUCAGCAUGGUGCUCCCCCAGGUGGUUGGUUACAUGCUGACAGGAAAGCCUCAGCCUCUGGUGACCUCCACCGACAUUGUCCUCACCAUCACCAAGCACCUCCGUCAGGUUGGAGUUGUGGGCAAGUUUGUAGAGUUCUUCGGGCCCGGAGUCGCCCAGCUGUCCAUUGCUGACCGAGCUACCAUCGCCAACAUGUGUCCCGAGUAUGGAGCAACUGCUGCCUUUUUCCCCGUCGAUGAAGUCAGCAUCAAGUACCUGGUGCAGACAGGUCGAGAUGAAAACAAAGUACAGCACAUGAGAAGGUACCUUCAGGCCGUAGGAAUGUUUCGCGAUUUCAGCAACCCCUCUGAAGACCCAGACUUCACCCAGGUUGUGGAAUUAGAUUUGAAAACAGUAGUCCCUUGCUGCAGUGGACCCAAAAGGCCUCAAGACAAGGUUGCUGUGUCUGACAUGAAAAGGGACUUCGAGAGCUGCCUGGGAGCCAAGCAAGGAUUUAAAGGAUUCCAAAUUGCUCCAGAACGUCACAGUGACCAGAAGGUGUUUAUCUACAACAACGAGGAAUUUGCGCUUGCGCAUGGCUCCGUGGUGAUUGCGGCCAUCACCAGCUGCACGAACACCAGUAACCCAUCCGUGAUGCUAGGAGCGGGCUUGUUAGCAAAGAAGGCUGUGGAGGCGGGCCUGAACGUGAAGCCCUACGUCAAAACCAGCCUGUCUCCGGGAAGCGGCGUGGUCACCUACUACCUCCGAGAAAGUGGAGUCAUGCCUUACCUGUCUCAGCUGGGGUUUGACGUGGUGGGCUACGGCUGUAUGACCUGCAUCGGCAACAGUGGGCCCUUACCUGAGCCCGUGGUCGAAGCCAUCGCCCAGGGAGACCUAGUCGCUGUCGGCGUGCUCUCUGGGAACAGGAAUUUUGAAGGUCGAGUCCACCCCAACACGCGGGCCAACUAUCUGGCGUCCCCCCCCUUGGUAAUAGCCUACGCCAUCGCCGGGACCGUCAGGAUCGAUUUUGAGAAGGAGCCGCUGGGGGUGAACGCAAAGGGCCAGCCGGUGUUUCUGAGAGACAUCUGGCCGACUCGAGCUGAGAUCCAGGCGGUGGAGCAGCAGUACGUCAUCCCCGGGAUGUUUAAGGAGGUCUACCAGAAAAUAGAGACUGUGAAUGAAAGCUGGAAUGCCUUAGAAGCCCCAUCAGAUAAGCUGUAUCUGUGGAAUCCCAAAUCUACAUACAUUAAAUCACCGCCAUUCUUUGAAAACCUGACUCUGGACCUCCAGCGCCCCAAGUCUAUCGUGGAUGCUUACGUGUUACUACAUCUGGGAGAUUCGGUAACAACUGACCACAUCUCUCCAGCUGGAAACAUUGCGAGGAACAGCCCUGCCGCUCGCUAUCUGACUCACAGAGGCCUCACUCCAAGAGAAUUCAACUCGUACGGCUCCCGCAGGGGUAAUGACGCCAUCAUGGCACGGGGCACGUUUGCCAACAUUCGCUUGUUAAACAAAUUUUUGAACAAACAGGCACCACAGACUGUACAUCUCCCUUCCGGAGAAAUCCUCGAUGUGUUCGACGCUGCUGAGAGGUACCAGCAAGCGGGCCUUCCUCUGAUCAUCCUGGCCGGCAGAGAGUACGGCGCAGGCAGCUCCCGAGACUGGGCGGCCAAAGGCCCCUUCCUGCUGGGAAUCAAAGCUGUCCUGGCCGAGAGCUACGAGCGCAUUCACCGCAGUAACCUGGUUGGGAUGGGAGUGAUCCCCCUCGAGUAUCUCCCUGGUGAAAGUGCAGACUCUCUGGGACUCACAGGGCACGAACGAUACACUAUCAUCAUUCCAGAAAGUCUCAGGCCACAAAUGAAAGUCCAGGUCAAGCUGGACACUGGGAAGACCUUCCAGGCUGUCAUGAGGUUUGACACUGACGUGGAGCUCACUUACUUCCACAACGGGGGCAUCCUCAACUACAUGAUCCGCAAGAUGGCCCAGUAGGCCUGCGUUCCCACAGCGCUGCGUGUGGUGCGCGCUCAGGGAGGCAGCGGCCACCCAGCCAGCGCGGCCGGUGGCGAAGCCGCCCUUCCUCCACACGGGACCACCGCAGCGCAGUGCCGCGGUGCGGGCCGUUCCUGGAGGCCCGGAGCCGGAAGUCUCUGCGUUCUCUAGUUUUGUUAAAUUGUUUUGUCUUUCUAGAAUUUGGAAGCAGAAUUGUGGCAAGAUCAGUAGUGCCAGAAAGAGAGCUGGCUUAUCUUUGAAGUUCCUGAUCACAGGACAUUGAUUUUUCACUCUAUUAAUUAAACUUCAGCCGAACACUAGCAAGUAUUUUCAGAAGCGUCUCCCACCUUUUGUGUCAUUUUCCCCUGUUCUCCUCUGCUCGGUGAAACCCUUCUGGGGAGGGCUGUUCCUUCGUGUACUGUAUCACUGUUAACGGACGUAGGUAGGCGAGAACUUUUUCACACUUCAAAUCGUAAUACUCUGAUUGUGAUUGCCCCCUUCAGAAGGAAUACUCCACACACCCGGCAGACAAGUCAAACAUUGAAAUUUUUUGAUUAUGUACCUUGUAGCAGAUCAACAUGAAAAGAAAAAUGUUUUCUUUCACUAUCUUCAGAAUUUUUUUCCAGAAAAUAUUUUAUCACGGGGAAAUGUUUUGGAGGUGCUUUGGGAGAAAAACAGCAUUUCUGAUCUGAGUAAGAUUAAAUGUAUUUUCAUGGAAAA